AGCAAGAUGGAGCUGAUAGGCUACGUGUUGACGGCGCUUUUGUUCGUGGUGUCCAUUGCGUACCUGUACGUACGGAGCCGGCACAACUUUUGGCGUGACCGAGGCAUUGCCUAUCCACGGGAGCAACCGCAUCUGCUGUAUGGCCACAUGAAGGGAGCGUUGGAUGCGCGGCACGAGUGUCACAUCAAUCAGGAGCUGUACAACGAUUACAAGCAGCGCGGUGAGCCGAUCGGUGGAAAGAGUUUCUUCAUCAUUCCCAGUCUGAUCGUGAUCGAGCCCGAGCUGGUGAAGACGAUUCUCGUGAAGGAUUUCAAUGUGUUCCACGAUCGUGGUGUGUACAAUGAUGCGAAGGCGGAUCCACUGUCGGCCCAUCUGUUUGCGCUGGAGGGGCAACCGUGGCGUCUGUUGCGUCAGAAGCUCACUCCGACGUUCACGUCGGGCCGUAUGAAGCAGAUGUUCGGUACGAUUCAGGAGGUAGCGGAGGAGUUCCGGAAGUAUAUGGAGGAGAACUGUGAUCGGGAGGAGAUCGAAAUGAAGGACGUGCUGGCGCGCUUCACGACGGACGUGAUCGGAACGUGCGCUUUUGGCAUCGAGUGCAACACGCUGAAGAACCCGGACUCGGACUUCCGGAAGUACGGCAACAAGGUGUUCGAGCAGGAUCUGCUGCUGAUGGUGAAGUUCAUCUUUGCCUCACUGUUCAAGGGCAUUUCGCGGCGGAUCGGUGUGAAGCUGACGGACGAGGGUGUGGAGCGGUUCUUCCUGCAGGUCGUCAAACAGACGGUCCAGUACCGGGAGAUGAACAAUGUGCAGCGGAACGAUUUCAUGAAUCUGCUGCUGCAGAUCAAGAACCAAGGGCAGCUUUCGGAGCAGGACGAGGUACAGCUUGGCAAGGGCGAAGCUGGUAUGACGAUGAAUGAACUGGCGGCGCAGGUGUUUAUUUUCUUCCUCGCUGGCUUUGAGACGUCCUCAACCACGAUGAACUUCUGUUUGUACGAGCUGGCGAAGAAUCCGGACAUCCAGGAGCGAUUGCGUGAGGAGAUCAACCGUGCGGUCGAGGAUAAUGGUGACAAAGUGACGUACGAUGUGGUGAUGAACAUCCAGUACCUCGACAACGUUAUCAAUGAAACGCUACGCAAAUACCCACCGGUUGAAUCGUUGACGCGAGUGCCGGUCCGUGAUUACACCAUUCCCGGCACGAAGCAUAUCAUCCCGAAGGACACGCUCGUACAGAUACCGGUUUACGCAUUGCACCAUGACGAAGACCAUUACCCCGAACCGGAGUCGUUCAACCCGGAUCGCUUUUUGCCGGAAGAAAUCCAGCGGCGUCAUCCGUACGUGUUCUUGCCGUUCGGUGAGGGACCGCGUAUCUGCAUUGGGCUGCGAUUUGGGGUGAUGCAGGCCAAGCUUGGACUGAUCACUUUGCUUCGUAAUUUCCGCUUUGCGCCAACGUCCCGUACCCCCACGAAAAUCGAGUUUGAUCCCAAAUCCUUCAUUCUGUCACCAGUGACUGGUAAUUUCCUGAAGGUUGAUAAGAUAGCGUAGUAAGCUGUUGCAGUGCGAUAAGCCGGGUUGCGAUUAGAUUAAACCACACGCGUAUCCAAGAUAAUACGUAUUAAGCGCGUGUUUUAGACACAAUCCUAUGAUGGCAUGCG